CUCGACGUAUCCUGCCGUGCACCACACAUCGACCUCCCAGACGCCGCGGGCGUCCGCGUACGACGCUCUCCUAGCAGCGCACCCCGAUGGCCAGCGAGUCCCUGCCGCCGCCAUCCGCAAUCCCCGCUAUCCGCGGCGACUCGUUCUCGCCGUGACUCGCCGCGCGUCCCUCCGCUCGCCGCCAUGCCCACGUGCUCGUCCCGCGCUGCUGCGGCGCACGCCUCCGCCGCCCCCAACAGCGCACUGGCGGGCGACGAUCGCAGCGCGUGUGCGGCGGAACUGCUGCGAUUCCUGGAAGAGGGCGGGGACGUGUUCGACUUCCCCUUCUCCGCCCGCCUGCCCUCCCCCCUCCUGCUUCCGCUCUCCGCCCCCUCCUCUCCCUCCCCCUCGCGCUCCCCCUCCCCGUCUGCGCGCACCACUGUCAACCGUCCGCCGUGCGCCAGCCCUGCCGCGGAGCAUGCGAGGGAGCAAGCUGGGGCCGAUGCAGAGGCACGGGAGGAGAGGGAGGUGGCGGAGGGAAUUGCGCGGUCGGGGCAGCAAGGGGGGAGGGGGGCGGGAGGAGCUGUUGGGCGUCAUGCUGCUCAUGUGGAUGGUGCUGCCAGUGAUGAUGAUGAUGAUGCCGCUGUGCAUGAUGUUGUUGAUGGGGAUAACUUUGAUGUUAAUGGUGAUGAUGACGAUGAUGGCACGGCUGACGUGGUGUGUGUGGACAUGGAUGAAGGCACCCACGCGCCCACGCCCCACCCGCCCUGCACGGGCGUGGACGAGGCGAGCUGUGUGCACGUGGACCUGCAGGUGGGCGCGCCUCUGCAGGCGCUGCUGCACUCCCACGAACACAUGCUCGCCGCGCUGCACUCCUCCCUGCCGCCCCACGCCCUCCGCCCCCGCCCCCUCGCGACCUCCCUCUCGGGCGCUCCCAUCCCGGUUGAAGUCACCCUCCCCACCAGCCCCCCCGCCAGUGGCGCGCCAGCAGGGCCGCAGGGCGCGGGGCAGGGGGGUGGAGGGGGGUCCAGGGGAGGCAGGGAUGGAGGGGAGGGGGCAAUGGAGGAGAGGGGCCAGGGGGCGGAAGGAGGGGAUGGGCGGUGGGCAGGCAUGGGGGGGAUGGAGCGAGGGAGGAAGAGGGGGAGGGAGGAGGAGGAGGUAGUGGACGCUUCACGGAACAGUAGAGACCUGGGGGAUGCGACUCACGGUGGCAGUGGCAGUGGCAGUGGCGGUGGUGGUGGUGGUGGGGAUGGGAGUGGGUCAGUAUGGCGUGAAGACAUGGCUGGGGAUGGCAGCAGUGAGGGGGGGCGGAGGGGAAGCAACGGUCACGAGGGCAGGGCAGGGCGCCAUGCGCCUAUGGCGUCGCGAGACCCGCUGGGCCUGCUGGUCAUGGAGCAGCCCCCCCACAUGGCCUCCCCCCACGCGCCCCUGUCCCACGUGCCCGUGCCCAUCCCCAUGCCCGACCCCUCCUCCGUCCCCAUCCCCACCGUCUCCUCCUCCUCCGCCCUCGCCGCCUCGCCCUCCGCCCUCGCCCCCUCGCUGCCCUCCCUGCCCUCCCUGCCCUCGCUGCCCUCGCUCGCCUCCCUCAUGCCUGAAGACCUCGAGGGUGAGCGGGCUGGGGGACUGGGGGCAGAGGCCUGGGGCGAGGGGGGUGGGGCAGGGGGGAGUGGGGGGCGAGGAGGGGAGGCAAUGGCAGGGAGGCGGGCGGAGGAGGAGGAGAGGCGGCGGCAGGGCGAGCUGGCAGCGGCGGCAGCGAGGGCGCAUGAGGAGUGCGUCUUAGAGGAGGCUGAAGGCAUCUGGGCCAAUCGGCGCCUGCUGGGGGCAGCUUCCCCAGCCGCCACCCCUGGUGGCACUGGCAGCGCAGAGGCGGGCACAGAGGGCGCAUGGAGGGGGAUGGGAAGGGGAGAGAAGAGUGGGGAGAAGGGGGGAGGAGACACGUGGAGGGUGCGCGCAGGGGCGAGCAGCCACUGGGACUAUGUGGUGCAGGAGAUGGCAUGGCUGGCGCACGACUUCCAACAGGAGCGGCUGUGGAAGCGGGCAGCCGCGAGUCACAUGGCCGCAUGCGCGCUGAGGGAGGUUCGGGGGGGAGGGAGGAGGGCAGAAGCGGAGAGGGAGGGGCGUGAGCAGAUGGAUGGGCGCGGAGGGGACGGGGAGAUGGGAGUGCAGAGGGGCGAGGAGAAGAGAGAGGACGGAAGGGAGGCAGGUUUAAGAGCCGCUGCUGCUGCUGCCUCUCCCUCUGCUGCUGCUGCGGCUGAACGGCUCCCCUCUUCUGCCCAUGGCCCCCUGCCUACCCCCGGCCUGCCUGUGCGGGCUCAAGGCGCUGAUGCUGUGGCUGGAGGGAUUGGCGGGGAGAAGGUGAAGGGAGGCGCAGAAGGCAAAGCAGGCGACGAGGGUGGGGAGAGGCAGCGGAAGAGAGAGGAGAGGAGGCGUGAUGGCGUGGACAGGACGACGAGGCUGCACGUGGAGAUGGCAGGGGAAGGGGCAGGGGGUAGAGGGGCAGGGAAGGGAGGAGGCGCCGAGAGAGGGGCGAGGGCACCAGUAACGCCGGAGAGGGAGGAGAGCAGAGGGGCGGACAUGACGUGCAGCGACUGGUGGUCGUGGGUGGAUGAGGCGCCUCUCACCUUUCCCAUGCCUCAACCCGCCGCCAUUGCUCUCGCUCAAUGGCUCGUACCCGCCCUCAUCUCCGCCCCUGACCACAUGGCGCUUCCCCCCGCCUCUGCCCCUCACACCUUCACUCUCCCCCUCCCCGACUUCCUCCUCUCCCCCUCCCCCUCUCACCCCCUCCCCUCCCUCCACGCGUCCCCCGCGGAUCACCUCUCAUCACAACCCAAUUCCUCGGCCCCCAUCCUCGCUCCCACCACCUCGCCCUUCCCUCCCAUGACGCCCCCUCCUGCUGCUGCGCCUGCGUCUACUUUAGAUGGCCCAGUGGGGACAGGCAGGGGGACAGCGUGGAAGGCGAGGGGGGCGGGGGAAGAAGGGGGGAGUGGUGUGGGAGAGAUGGUGGUGGGGGCGCACGGGCAGGUGCAGCAGCAGGGAGGUGCGAGUGCAGCUCACAGAGGCCAGCAGGGCGUGGCAAAGCAGCAGCAUCAGCAGCAGCAGGCAAGGAAGCAGGCGCAGGUGAAGCAGCGGGCGCUGAUGCAGCAGCAGGAGAGGAAGCAGGUGGUGGGGCAGCUGAAGGCGAGGGGGAUGGGCGGAGACGAGGGCAUGGAAGGUGAGGCAGCGGAGCAGCAGGCAGGGCAGGCGGCAGUAAGCGCAGGGCAGCACGGGGAAGCGAUAGGCGAAGGGGACAGCGGAGGGGGCGAUAGUGGGGACUUGGUCGGGAUGAUUGGUGCGAGAGUGGGGGGUCAGGGGAGCGGAGCAGGGCUGCAGGGAGUGGGGGAGGCGAUGCCAGCAAGGCAGGAGGCAGAGGGGCCGCCGGGGGGAGAGAAGACGCAGGGGCUGGGCACGGAGAAGCAAGGGCAGGGGAUGGCGGCAAUUGAGGAGGCCGCGGCAGGGGGGUUGGCCCCUGGCUCCUCUGGCCCUCCGUCCACCAUGGCGCGCACCAGCACUGCCAGCAGCAGUGGGCCCCCUGCGGCAUCCCCCCAGGGCGCGCAAGGCGAGAGGGGCGAUUGGCAGGGGGAGGGCAGGGAGCAGCAAUUGCGUGAGGGCAAGGCGGGGGGCCAGGGGGGGAUGGGAGUGGCACGAGGGGGUGUGGUUGAAGGGGGAGGGGGAGGUGGCGCACAGGAGGUGGGGGCUGGCAGUGGUGAUGCCGAUGCAGGCAGCGCGGGUGGUGGUGGUGGCGCCGGUGGUGCAGGCAGCGCGGGUGGUGGUGGUGGCGGCGGUGGUGCAGGCAGUGUUGGGGGGGCAGCAGCAGCACCAGCAGGGGCAGAUGCUGCUGCUGCUGGCAAGCAGCGCCAGCGACCCUCAGCACAGCGCAAGCCCAAGGGCCCCCCUGCUGCUACCAAGGUCGCACUUGCACGCUCUGGCUGCCCUGCCCUCCCGUCUCGUGCUGCUGCUGGCAUCAUGCCAGCCACGGGUGAAAUGGCAGCCGCCAAGCAAGCCAUGCCGCCUCCUGCUGCUGGCACGCCCCCGCUGCCGCCUCAGGCGCAUGUGCACGCUGUGGCGCUCAGGCAGGGGCAGGCAGAGGGGGGGGAGGGGGGGAGCGCGGAGGGCGAUGGCAUGGAUGCAGAGGCAUGGCUGGACCAUGUGGGGGGGGCUGGGGGCCAUGCGAGCGAGGUGGGUGGGCGGAGGGAUGGGGCAGGUGGUGGCAGCAGCAGGGACGUGAAGAGGAACGGCAGCAAGCGGCACAGGCUCACCCCGCCAUCGCACCCAGAUGCUCUUCUGCCCGGCCCUGCGCCCCACCAAGCGGGGGCAGCAGGCGCGCUGCCCCUGGCGCUCGCCCAUGGGGACGUGCUCAGCCUCUCGCCGCCCCGCGCUGACCAUGGUGAUGUUGGCGAUGCUGCUGACGGUGCGGAUGGCGGCGAUGGCGGGCUGCCGUGGUCUGCCAUGGAGGAGCAGGUGCUGGUGGCGGUGGUGAGCGACCUGGGCACCAACUGGCGCCUCGUCACCGAUGUGCUGCGCGCCAUCACGCACCUCACAGGGGUGUAUCGCAGUCCCAGUCAGUGCGAGCGCAGGCACGCUGCCCUCCUCUCCUUGCCCCCUGGGCCCCCCUCUGUCCCCUCCAAGGAGGCGGGGCCACCAUGGCAAGAGGGCGGGCCAUCAUCAGCGUGCACUGUGCAGCGCGUGGCGAGUGAGGAGGACAUGCUGCGGGCGCACCGCCACGCCAUGCUCGCCAUCUUCGCCAAGCACCACGCGCGCAUGCUGGCAGUGAGUGCACGCUGGCAGGGAGUGAUGCUUUAUGUUAUGGGUCACUCCAAGU